UUUAUUUUGCUUAACAUCUAAUAUUUAGAAUGGAGUAUAAAUUAAUAACUGAAUUAAAGCAAAAAUUAAAGCAUUAUUGUUUUGAUAUAGGAACAUCUUUUAAAAUGUGGUUUAAUAUCAACUAUUUCACUCUAAUUUUCCUUAUUAUUUUCAUUACUAUAAAAACAACGUUUAGUAUUUCAUGCUAUCAGUGUAAUAGUACAGAUUUACAAGAUCAGUUUAAGUGUACCGAAUUUAUGAAUGACGCUGAUCUUAUGCCAACUCCAUGUACUGAAGUUUAUAAUGCUGCUUUUUGUAUUAAGCUUACUGGUCGUUAUGAAGGAGGAUUAGGAGUGAAAAGAUACUGUUCAUCACAUGAUUUAGGAAACUAUUGUGAUUACAUUAAGCAGCCAGGCGAUUCUUUUGAAUACAGAACUUGUGUUUAUACAUGUAAUUCUGAUGGUUGUAAUGGUUCAAAUCAAAAUUAUUUAUUAAGAUAUUUAUUUAUUUUUUCCUUUUUACCUAUCAUCAAAUGGUUAAUUAUUUAACAAUGUAUCAAAAAAUGGGAAAAAAUUAUAAAAUAUAAGUUAUAUUAUAGAUAUUUUGACUAUAGUUAUAAUUUUUUAUUUGAUAUUAUUUAAAUUUUUAAUUAUAAAUUCAUUUAAUUGUAUAAUUUUAAAUAAGUAAUGUAAUAAGGAAUUAACAUUCCCAUAAUUGUUAUAACCUUGUAUUGAACACAUACUUUUUAUAUUUUUAAAACUUUAUUUUAUUUAUCAAUAUUUAUAAAUUUAAAAAAUAUUUUUAUAAUCAGCUUAAGACAAAUCCGUCCAAAUUGACUCAAAUAUUUUUUUUACACUUUUAUAAUACAACAUUUAAUUGAAAAAAUUCUUUUUAAUAAAAUUAAUUCUUUUUAAACUUUUUUGUUUUCAUUGGAUAUUUUAAAAAGGCCAAAAAAGCUUUUCACAGGGUCUAAUAUUAUAUAUCUUUCACUAUCCAAUCCUUUUAUAGAUAAUACAUCAUUAACAUUUAAGUAAGUUAAGCCACCAGUGUAACAAGAAUCAGAUUGUGUUUCUCUAUGCCUAGUAGUUGUACAGCCAAGUAUUUUUUCAUCAUUUUUUAUUAUAUAAUAACCAUUGAUG